AUGGAUGAAGAUUCUUCUAUAAACGUUGACCCAAUUUUAUCUGUUUUAACUAUACCAAAAAUUCCAAAUGAUGGAUUUGACUCGCAUACAUACUACUAUGAUUUGGCCAAAAAUAUAGCCAACUUUCUUUUACGUAGCACUCGGCUUCACCUUCCUCCAAAACAUACUUUUACUAUUCUCGAAAUAGAAUUUUAUUUACGUGAUGAAAUUAAUGAUCAUUUUGAUCCCUUCAGUCACGGACAUGAACAUCAACUAACUUGUGGUGAAUGGUAUUUUCAUCACGUUGGACGAUUGGGUUAUCGAGGUGGAUCAAGAAAAGGUAUCGAUAUCACAUUUGGAUCCAAAAGUAGAAAUAUAUAUGGUGGAAUAUUGAUACGCGCAAUAAAAGAUGAUAAAACUAAUCAAGUAAUUGAAGGUCCAAGUUUAGUUGUUGACAAAAUUCUGGAAUUAUGUGGUGUGGAUCAAGAAGGUGGUAUUCGAAGAUUGGUAGAGACUGAGUGGAAAGGAAAAAGUGGAAUUUCGAAAAGUAUGGAAAACUCUAAUGGUUUGGUAUAUAUAGAGAAGAUCGACGAUGCAAAUGCUAAUAGUAAUGAUACGGAGAUUAUAGGAAAAAAGAGGCGUAAAAACGCAAAUAUUGUGACUUAUUUUCCACAGAUACUUUCAAAAAGAGUCAAGAAGGAUUAUCAAGAGGACUCAACUGUGAGCCAAUCAACUUCAGAACUUACUCUAUAUAGUUCGCCAAGAGUAGGAUUGACGCUUUCUAAUACGCAGCCAUCUCCAUCUUGUCGUUUACGAUAUUUGUUAAAACCUUAUAGAUUCUUUCUUUUUCCACACCUUCUCAAUAAAGGCAAAAUGCAAAUUGUAAUCGGAUUAUACGAUCAAUUUAAAGAUAUUGACAGAGUGUCCGAAGUGUCGAAUAUCAGUCGAUCUACAGUAGAACGAUGUAUUAAAGAAAUGACGUCCGGUAUGAAUAACGGUAAUAUCAAUGACUUUAUUGGAAAAAAAGGAAGAGGUGCAAAUGGCAAUGAUUAUUGCCGUAUGGUUGGAGUGGUGAAAAAAUGGGAAAUGGAAACACGCAAUAAAUCCGAACGUGAUUCAUCUCUUAAUAAAGUCACCUGA